AUGGCAAUCCCGGCAAUCCCGGCAGUCCCCGCUGUCCCAGCUGUCCCAGCUGGCUCAGCAGGAAAACAUGUCCCAGAAGGGAAAACCGCCCCAGUAACCACUUCAGCUGCUCACCCACAGGAAUGGAACCUUCCAGGAAUCAGCGAUGCAGCUGGCCCGAGCAGCAACUGCAACCUGGGGUUCCUGCUGGGGGUGCUUCUGACUCCUCCCGAGAGGGAGGUGGUGCUGUCACGACUCUUCCAACUGCAAGGCUUGUGCAGUAGGAGCGGCAGCGGCAGCUUUGGUGCGGCUUCAGGCACGGGGGACCAGGCUCGUGCGGCGAGCAUGGACUCAGGCGUUGCUCAUGUUGCUGCUGCUGCCGCUGAUGCCAGUGGUGUUAGUGGUGAUGCUGCUGCUGCUGCUGCUGCUGCUGCUGCUGCUGCUGCUGCUGCUGCUGCUGCUGCUGCUGCUGCUGCGGCUGCUCCUACCGCUGCAGCUCCUAUCGAUGCUGCAGUUCCAAUCGCUGCUGCUACUCCUGCUGCUGCUGCUGCUGCUGCUGCUGCUGCUGCUGCUGCUGCUGCUGCUGCUGCUGCUGCUGCUGCUGCUGCUGCUGCUGCUGCUGCUGCUGCUGCUGCUGCUGCUGCUGCUGCUGCUGCUGCUGCUGCUGCUGCUGCUGCUGCUGUCGACUCUGUGCUUGAUCCACUUGCAUCUGGUAACACAUCUUUCACAAGAACAGCAGUGCUGGAUUCAUCAACCAGCUUUGCAAAUGAGGUGAGUGAAAUGGGAGCCAAACUCUUCUGUAGCACAUUCAGCUGA